AUGACUACCGUAUUCGUACUUAAUUUACUGUUGACAGUACUGCUAGCCGUUCCGGCAGUACUGAGUACUGAUGUGUUCUGUGGGACAUUGACGAUUUUCGAGCAACAACGCUUCGGGCUCAAUUCGGUGGCGAUUUCUUCACAGGAAACCACCGAUCUGAAGCAAUGUCUAGAACUGUGCUGUUCAGUAAUCACGACGUGGAGUUGGGUGUGGUGGCGAUUUAAGCCAGGAGAACGUCGCCAAGGAAACGCGGCUAGCACAAAGCAAAUUAGGUCCCGUAUGGGCGAUGAAGCGGGCGCGGACUGCCGUGGUGUGACGUUCACCGGUGUCAUAGUGCCGCAUGAAGGCGAACCAAACUGUUUAUUGGUUGGAUGUCGGGAUCAGUGCAUCAUGAACGACCGGGCCGAGUACACCGAUGGUCUCAUCUCAGUGCUCAUCAACAGGACUCAAACAACG